AUGAAUCAAAACAGUGAUUUAGAUAACAGCGUAAAGGAGACUGAAACUGAUGGUGAAGGUCUCUCGCUCGGCAGGUGUCCCAUGGAGGAGCAGCGUGGGCCCGGUCGUCAUCCUACUACUGCCAGAACUGGAUGGUCGAAAAGUAUGAAUGUAGCAGUAAUGGAGUGCUAUUUUUUGAGUAAGCCUGUAAAUGAUGACGGAAAACCAGUGAGAGGCUAUAGACGCAGAAUGCAUAACAUUUGGAGAGAGGGACAUAGCUUCAAUCUGACUGAACAGAGAUUAUGUGACCAAGCUCGCAUGAUUAGAAAGAACGGUUGGCUGACUCAUGUGGAAUUGGAAGAAAUAAAAAGAAGAGUUACAACAGAAGAGGAAGGGGUGAUAGAUGAUAGUAGCGUUGGAGAGGAGACUGUAAUUAAUGAGAUACCAGUGACUGAGCCUGAAAUAGAACCUGUGGUAACUUUCCUGGAGAGAAGUGAGAGAAGCGAAGCGAAUACAAAAAUGAUAGAAGAAAUUAUUGAAAUCAUGAAAGAAGGGAACAUAAGUCAAUCACGAAGUCUGAAAAAGGCAGACAGAAAAUCUGUGAAUGAGGCUGUUAAGGAGGUAAACGACGCCUUGAUAAGCAUCAGAACGGAAAACAUAACUGACACAAACAAACUGAUCAGUGCUGUUGCAUUGUAUGUUGCGAGGAAACUAGGCAUAGGGAAACCAAAGAUAGAAAAUAAAACAAGAGAACCAUGGUGGAAAAGAAGAAUAAGCGAAUCUAUUAAUGAACUUAGAAAGCACAUUAACAUACUUGAGCGCGAAAAGAGAGGUGAAGUAUCGAAGAAAGGGAAAUACCAUGAACUGUCAAAAAAGUAUAACAUCACGAGAAAAGGAAUCUCUACUGUAAUUGAAGAGUUGAAACAGAGAAUGCAAGCCAAGGCUUUCAAACUAAGAAGGUACGAGCAAAGGACACGACAAUACCAAAUUAAUCGAAUGUUUCAAUAUGACCAAAAGAAGGUAUAUCAACAACUACAGGGUAAAGACAAAAAAGAGAAUACAACACCAGAUGCAGAUGAAAGUAGAAAAUUUUGGUCGAACAUAUGGGACAACGAAACACAGCACAAUAAAAAGGCUAAGUGGUUAGAGGAGUUAAAAAACAACAAACCUAAUCUAUCACAAAAUGACAUUGAAAUAACAACUAGAAUGGUAAAUCAGCAAGCCAAGAAGAUACCUAACUGGAAAGCUCCUGGCCCUGAUGGAGUCCAGGGGUUUUGGAUAAAGAAACUUACAUCUCUACACGAAAGAAUUGCUGCCCAACUCAAUGAUUUGAUAAAUGAUGAAAUAGAAAUACCCUCGUGGAUGACCACCGGCAGAACUGUGCUAUGUCAAAAGGAUCCAAAAAAUGGCAAUGCAGUGGAUAACUAUAGACCCAUAUCCUGCUUGCCAUUAAUGUAG